AUGAUAUUAUCUAACAAGGCUACCGUAGGGACCACUAGCACGACUCCCGCACCUGUCAUUGAAACCAGCUCAACCGUAUGGAAAGACUGGACCACCUCGACAGCUCCAGCUCCAGCUCCCAAGCCAACAACCGUCGAGACUUCAUACGUCCCAGCUCCUGCGAAGAGCACACCAUCUCCUGUCGCGAGUUGGAAUGAUUGGACAAGCACCGUCGAGACUUCCUACACUCCUGCUCCUGCCCCUGCUCCCGUGGAGAGCACACCAUCUCCUGUCGCGACUUGGAAUGAUUGGUCAAGCACCGUCGAGGCUUCGUACACUCCUGCCCCUGCUCCCGCUCCUGUGGAGAGCACUCCGGCUCCAGUUGCGAGUUGGAAUGAUUGGACGAGCACCGCCGAGACUUCGUACACUCCCGCUCCGGCUCCGGCUCCCGUAGAGAGCACACCGUCUCCUGCCGCGAGUUGGAACGACUGGACAAGCACCAUCGAGACUUCAUACACACCUGCUCCCGUUCAGAGCACACCAUCUCCAGUCGCGACUUGGAGUGAUUGGAGCAGUACCAUCGCAACGCCGUACGUUCCUGUCGAGACAACCAGCAGCGUCUGGUAUAGCAGCGUUGCUCCUGCUACUUACACCGCACCUCCAGUUGCCACCUACACGGGUGCUGCCAGCAGCAACGGCAAGCCGGCUAUGGCUAUGGUCGCCGGCCUUGUCGGUUUGGUGGUCCUCGCCUAA